AUGGACUCCCAUGGUGGUGCGUGGCUCAACACGGGGGCAGUCUGUUCCCCUCUUGGCGCCGCCCGUCUCUCGCAGUUAGCUCUGGGCUGUGCAGCGGUUGCCAUGGUGACUCACAGUGCCGGCUACAGUGGUUCCUAUGGCGUGUUCUGCAUGGUGGUUUGGUGCCUCUGCCUGGCUGUGUCGAUUCUGGUGUUCUUCCUGGAUGCCACCCGCCUCCACACCUGCCUGCCUGUAUCCUGGGACAACCUCACUGUGGCCUUUGCUGCCCUGGCAACGCUCAUGUAUGUCACAGCCUCCGUGGUCUACCCACUCUACUUUGUCCGCUCCGAGUGUCCUUAUGCGGGCUGUGAGGUGAGGGAUUUCCGUAUCGCCGUCACUGUCUGCUCCAUCGCCGGCACUCUGGCCUAUGGGACUGAGGUGAUCCUGUCCCGCGCCAGGCCAGGACAGACCGUGGUCGGCUAUAUGGCCACCGUCUCAGGCCUCCUCAAAGUGGUCCAAGGUUUCGUGGCCUGCAUCAUCUUUGGAGCCCUGGCCAACGGGAGCGAGUAUUCCCGCUACGCCGCCACCAUUUACUGCGUGAUUGUUUAUGCCCUCUGCUUCACCCUCACCACACUGGUGGUCAUACUGACCGUCUGCGGCCGCACCGCGGCUGUGCGUUGCAUGCCGUUUGAACGCUUUGUGGUGGUAUACAAUCUCCUGGCAGUUUUGCUCUACCUCAGUGUGUCCGUGGUCUGGCCUGUUUUCUGCUUUGACCCCAAAUAUGGGUCUCCGUGGCGACCAUCGUCGUGCCCUCGGGGGAAGUGCCCGUGGGACAGCAAGGUGGCGGUGUCAGUGUUCUCCUUCAUCAACCUUGGGCUGUACGUAGCAGACCUGAUCUACUCCCAGAGGAUACGUUUUGUCUCCUCUCAGAGACCCGCGCGCCCGCGGGUGUAG